AUGAACAAUAGGCUGAAAAGUCCUGCAAACCCAGAUGGCGUCUAUGCAGUCAGUAUGAACUGCAUUUACAACGUUUCGAUUCCAGAUGGUAGAGUGAUGAGACUCAAGUUUCAAAUUUUUGACCUGGAAUCAGAUUCAGGAUGCAGGUAGGUAUAUAUAAAUUAAUUUUGGCUUGUCAUAACUGAAUUUUAAUUUUGAGAUUUCUUGUCCAAAACUUUUUUUAAACAGACUCUUUAAGCUGGGUUGUUAUAAAGUUGUUUACCUAAAAAGAAAGAAAUAUGAAAAUUAAAAAAAGUAUUAUGAUAACUACCGUAAAACGUCCAUUUCGGUAACACGUUUGCUAAACCUACAAAAAAUCCAAACGGAAAAUCAUCAAAUCAAUUCAUGGCAAUUAAAAGUUACCAUGGUCCAAGACAUUUCCUCCAUAUUUUUCUCCUCGCACUUGAGCCGCACGGCGGCUCACGAGACGAUAGAAAUCCCAUUUUAAUUGACCACUCCAGAAAAUACUAUAACAUACCAUAAUGCUCUUUGUUUGUCACCCCAAAAUUUUGCAUAAGCAUUGUUUUCAGUUUCUCUUGGGGCCAUUUUAACUCCCAAGAGAAACUGAAGACAAUGCUUAUGCAAAAUUUUGGGGUGACAAACAAAGAGCAUUAUGGUAUGUUAUGGUAUUUUCUGGAGUGGUCAAUUGCGCUGAAUCUCUCUUUAAUCCAGACGUUGGUGUCAGAAACUGAUCCUUGGGCCCUGAUUGGUGGUAUUUUAACUACCACGAGAAUCAGUCUCGACUGAUAAUACCUUAUCUAUUGCAUCUAGUGAGGAAAGGGUAGGGCUCCUUUUUACUUUGCAGCAAGAUGAAUUGGUAAAGAUUUUCUCAUACUCUUGCAGGAUCGAUUAUUUGAAAAUAACGAAUGGUUUUGAGAAAGGUCAAUAUUGCGGUAACCAGCUCAUGGGAAGAAACCUUGUUGUAUCAGGAAACUACGUGGUAUUGACGUUCCACAAGGUCGGGCGGCUCGAGAACAAGAAAGAUGAUUUUGAAAUAUUCUUCGCUCAAGAAAUUCCAAGUAAGUAG